CGUGAUGUCGUCCAUAUAGGGGUGGCUUAAGAAAACCAUUCUUUAGAUGGUUGGUGGGAUGAAAGAGUAGUUGAUACGUUCAUUAAAGCGCAUGGAUAAGUUUCAUCGUCUAUCUUCUCUUUGGCUUUGUAAUUAUUAGCCCAAAAAACAGGCCAGCAAAAGAAAUUGCUAUCUUUUCCUCUUAGAGCUAUAAGAUUAAAACAGUACGUGGGUUUUUUUUUUUUUUUUUUUUUUUUUUUUUUCCCCUUAGCAUGGAUUCUCCAUUCGUCGUUCCGAGAUGGACUCCAAGUCCAAGUCCAACGACAGCAAGAUCGUCGUCGGCUCUGAUGGAUUCGGUUGAGAUGCAACAAAUGGAUUCCGAAGAAGAAAACGGCAUGCGGUCGACUAGCAUACUGGAUGGGAAAAGGUUCCCAUUUACCAGUUUUGCUUGCUCACAACCUCAUGAGGGUCACGAAACGACGCCGUCUGUUAGCUUCGAUUGUAAGCUUGGAAAAUCAGUACAUCGGAGUUUCGAAACAGUUGAUCUCCGGAACGGAGAGAAUGGAGUUUUUCUGACGUGGAGGGAGCUCCGGGUAACUGUAACUGAUCGGAAGUAUGGGAACCGGACGAUCCUGGAUGGGCUUACUGGGUAUGCUGAACCGGGUCGGGUUUUGGCAAUCAUGGGUCCCUCUGGCUGCGGCAAGUCAACUCUCUUGGAUGCGUUGGCAGGGAGAUUAAGUUCGAACACACAGCAGACUGGGGAGAUUCUGAUCAAUGGCCGUAAAGAAACACUUGCUUAUGGAACUUCUGCCUAUGUGACACAAGAUGAUACACUAAUGACAACACUAACGGUAAGAGAAGCUGUAUACUACUCAGCACAGCUUCAGCUUCCAAACUCCAUGUCUAAAUCAGAGAAGAAAGAGAGAGCAGAGACUACGAUCAGAGAGAUGGGUUUGCAAGACGCCAUGGAUACAAGAAUUGGUGGUUGGAGUAUAAAAGGUCUUAGCGGUGGACAAAAGAGGAGGGUUAGCAUUUGCAUUGAGAUUCUCACACGUCCUAAGCUUCUCUUCCUUGAUGAACCAACCAGUGGACUUGACAGUGCUGCUUCUUACCAUGUCAUGAAUCGCAUCGUCAAGCUUGCUCGUCGAGACGGAAGGACUGUCGUUGCGGCAAUUCAUCAACCAAGUAGUGAAGUUUUCGAGCUCUUCCAUAAUCUCUGCCUUCUUUCCUCAGGUCGAACUGUCUAUUUUGGCCCUGUUUCAAUAGCAGAGCAGUUUUUUGCUGCAAAUGGAUUCCCAUGUCCAAUGCUGAGAAACCCAUCUGAUCACUACCUUAGAACUAUCAACAAGGACUUCGAUGAUGACAUUGAGCAAGGGGUUGGUAGCAAAGCAAAUACCGAGGAAGCCAUCAACAUUCUUGUAAAGUCCUACAAGUCUUCCCUUACUUCUAACCAAAUUCAGCAGCAGGUUUUUGAGAUAUGCCAACGGCAUGGAGGCACUAUGGAGAAGAAGGGAAGCCAAGCAAGCUUUAUCACCCAGUGCCUUGUGCUCACCAGAAGAUCCUUUGUGAACAUGUAUCGUGACCUUGGCUACUAUUGGCUUCGACUUGCAAUCUACAUUGCCUUGUGUUUAUGUGUUGGGACUAUUUUCCAUGAUAUCGGCUCCACUUAUGGCUCUAUACAGGCAAGAGGGUCAAUGCUUAUGUUUGUUGCUGCAUUCUUGACUUUCAUGGCAAUAGGUGGAUUCCCAUCAUUUGUAGAAGACAUGAAGAUCUUUGAGCGAGAAAGACUAAAUGGGCACUAUGGUGUUGCUGCAUUUGUUGUGGGAAACACAUUCUCUUCCCUUCCUUACCUGCUCAUCAUAUCUUUGAUUCCCGGUGCCAUAGCCUAUUACCUCGUAGGCCUUCAAAAGAGUGUCGACCACUUCGCUUACUUUGCUCUUCUUCUCUUUGUGUGCAUGAUGCUGGUUGAGAGCUUAAUGAUGAUUGUUGCAAGCAUUGUUCCAGAUUUCCUAAUGGGGAUCAUCACAGGUGCUGGGAUUCAAGGAGUUAUGAUGUUAAAUGGCGGUUUCUUUCGCUUACCGGAUGAUCUUCCAAAGCCUUUCUGGAGAUAUCCAAUGUAUUAUAUUGCAUUCCACAAGUAUGCAAACCAAGGGUUCUAUAAGAAUGAGUUUGAAGGACUAACUUUUCCUAGUCAAGCAGGAGGGCAAACAAGUAUUAGCGGUGAAGAAAUAUUGAGGAGUGUUUGGCAAGUAGAGAUGGGAUAUUCCAAGUGGGUUGAUCUUGCUAUCUUGUUUGGGAUGGUGAUUGUUUAUAGACUCAUGUUUUUGGGGAUCAUAAAGACUGUUGAGAAGGUUAAACCAAUUCUUAAAGGUUCUAAUGAAGUUGCUCCUCCAAAGAAUUAUUCCAGUCAAAUUGCAGAGAAUAAAUCUUCCGCACCUUGAAAGUGAAGCAAAAUGGUGUUCUCUGUGUUUCUAGUUUAGUUGAUUAAUUUAGUAGCUGUUUGCAUAGCAUGUUAAUUAGUUGGUAGAAAUAUUGUAGAUUUUAAUAGUAAGCUUUCGUUGUUCCACAAGCUGUUGAUGAUGUGUAAUUUUCCCCACAGGGACAAAAGAAAUAAUUUAGUCCUAGGAUUGUGUUAGCCAGUUAGCAUGUUCAUAUUCACAGUGGUGUCCCAGAGAGACAAUGUUAUAUAAAUAAUUAUUAAACAGAAAUAAAAUAAAAGACUAGUAGG